AUGCUUCCACCUGUUGGUAUCUGCCGUAACGAAUCUCCGCAUGACUUGGCCACCCGUGAAUCAAACAUGGCGGACAUCGAUAUGGCGACUUUGCCAAAUGGGCUCCGAAUCCUGACCAUCCACGCCAAGGGAUCUGCCUUUCUUGACCUCCCCCGUGAGCUCCGCGACCUCAUCUACCACGAAGUCCUGACCGAACAACCACUCUGGCACCGACGCCACCUGUCCGGCUGCGCUUUCCGCGAUCUCAAUGCCGAUUGCGAAAGGCCAGUCUUCAUGCCCUUGAACAUCCACCUAGAGGACAAUGUUCCAUGGCAUGACAUCGAGGCAUGUGAGGAGCUAUGUCGCACUCGCAAAGACCUGGGUCUCCAGCGUGUCAACAGACAGAUUUCUCACGAGACGGAGGGACUGUUCUGGAAGCGGAAUACCUUCUGCUAUGAUGACGCGGGUAUGCUCCUCCUGGAUAUCGGGCCACAGAAGCCCAAUAAUGCGAUACGGAAUCCUUGGGCCGGAACUCGCCGUCAAACCAUGCCUCAGAGCGUCAGGCUCAAGAUCCGUAACUUGUCGUUCACUUCAACUGGCUGGCUUGAUGGAAUAUCCCCGGAGAUCGGUGAAGGUAUCCUCAGAGCUUUACACAAUCUGCCUGGACUAACGUCCGUCGAGCUCCCGCCCACGAUCUGGCACAAGAACAUCUCCGCACUAAACGGCCAGCCCCUUCCUCACCGCCUACAGUGUUCCGCCGGGACUUUGAGAAGGAUCUUCGUAGGCCCAACUUAUGCCCGACUAUACCUGCACAUGGCCAAGCGCAUCCGGGCAUCGUCGUGCGAUCGUGAGCCAGCAGGCCAUAAGAAACGUUGUGUGUGGUGCCGAUUGGAUGCUUUGGAGAUCCAAUUGCAGAUGGCUCGGUGGUCGGACAGGAGUGGCCAUUCUGUGCUGGGCAGUGAGAUCGAUCUCCUGAGCGGGGAACUUGUGACUCGGGCUUUGAGGAGAUCGGUCCCGGCUCAUCCUGGCACGGUGGCGCCAUAUCGGAUGGUCGUCAAGCCGAAGGAGGGUGUCGAGCAGGAGGUCACCAUCUAUGGUCUUCCUAUCCUAGACGCCUCGGGAAGACAUAAGCGUCAAAUUCACGCGCGCCUGGCCAAUGUCCGCGCCAGCACUGCGGCAUUGAAAGAUCGUCGUCUCCGCUCCGCUCUCGUCGGGGACGAUGAUAUCGAGGAUUUGAUACCGGUCAAACAUACGGUCAAGAAAGUCAAUGACGCGCCGACCGUUUGUUAA